AUGGCGCAGCAGUUGCUGAAGGUGUUUUACUAUCAUGAUAUUUUAAUUGCAGCUUCUGGAGUUGGAGCUGGAAUGGGAGGUGGCAGUGGAGGUGGUGCCGCAAGCGCAACCGGAGUGUUAGGUGGCACGGGAGGUGGUGCCAUAGGCGCAUCUGGAGUUGCAGGUGGUAUGGGAGGUGGCUACGGACUUGGUGCUGCAGGUGCAGCUGGAGCUGUAGGUGGAUAUGGAGGUGGCUAUGGUGGUGGUGCUGUAAGCGCAACUGGAGCUGCAGGUGGUAUGGGAGGUGGCUACGGAUAUGGUGGCGCAAGCGCAGCUGGAGCUGCAGGUGGUAUGGGACUGGGUUACGGAGGUGGAGCAUCAAGUGCUGCUGGAGCUGCAGGUGGAUUCGGAGGUGGCUAUGGUGCCGCCGGAGCUGCAGGUGGUAUUGGAGGUGGCGCCGUAGGCGCAGCCGGAGGUGCAGGUGGUAUGGGAGGUAACUAUGGAUUUGGCAGCGGAAGUGCGGCUGGAGCUGCAGGUGGAUUCGGAAGUGGCUUCGGUGGUGGUGCCGCAGGCGCAGCCGGAGCUGCAGGUGGAAUGAGAGGUGGAGUCGCAGGCGCAGCCGGAGCUGCAGGUGGCUACGGAUUUGGUGGUGGAAGCGCAAUUGGAGCUGCCGCUGGUAUAGCAGGUGGCUAUGGAAGUGGUGCCGCUAGUGGUCACUUAAAGCAUUUUCAGCAAUUUGCAGCCGGAGCUGCAGGUGGUAUGGGCUACGGAGGUGGUGCUAUGAACGCAGCAGGAGCUGCAGGUGGAUUUGGAGGUGGCUACGGUGGUGGUGCUGCAGGCGCAGCCGGAGCUGCAGGUGGUAUGGGAGGUGGCUACGGAUUUGGUGGAGCAAGUGCAGCCGGGGUUGCAAGUGGUAUGGGAGUUGGAUACGGAGGUGGUGCCUCAAGUGCAUCAGGUGUAGCGGGUGGUUUUGGAGGUGGCUUUGGAGGUGGUGCAGCAAGUGCAGCAGGAGCUGCAGGUGGAUUCGGAGGUGGUUUUGCUGGUGGUGCUACAAGUGCAGGAACCGCAGGUGGAAUGGGAGGCGGUUUCGGAGGUGGUGCCGCAAGCGCAGCUGGAGCUGCAGGUGGUAUGGGAGGUGGCUACGGAACUGGUGUUGCAGGCGCAUAUGGCCGGCGUACUGGCUUAACCCCAGUUGGUGUCACAGGUGCCGCAGCAGGAGCAGGCAAUAUUGGUGACGGCUAUGGAGGUCGUGUCGCAAGCUUUCUUUAA